UGCGGUGACGUCACUAUACCAGUGGCGAGUCAGGUGAUAUACACUAUAAGCGGAGGGAGCUGUCCUGGUGCUGAAAACAGUCCAUACAAUCUCAGCGAACAGAUUACGAAGACCAUGCUUUAGAUUGCCUCUGCACACAGGAAACCUUUCAAACAUGGCUGAUGCUCAGACCUCUUGGCUUGGAACAGCCUUUCCUCUUGCUCUACUUUUUGCUCUAACCUGUUAUGCCAAUGCUGCUUCAUUUCAACGUUACCAGAAGCUCCAGAAGGAUCCAGACUACCUAAUGAAAAACUUGCAAAGGCUCCCAAGCCCAGAUAUGAUCAAAGCUCUGGAGUAUAUAGAAAACCUUAGAAAACAAACUAGCAAUGGAGACACAAGCCCAGAUUAUGACUUCUAUCAAGGUGCUCCAUCUAUUAUUCAGUCAAAAGAGAGCAAUGAUCAGCACCACAUGCCAGAUAAUCUAAGGGAAUCUUUGUCCAGUGAUGAGUUACAGUGGGUUAAGGCAAUGUUGGAAGCUUUAAAACAAGGAGAAAAAGAAUCAAAGGGCACCUCAACAGAAAGCAAACCUUAUCCCAUCAGUACAGACAAUGCCUUCCUAGAUGGAAUGACUGAUGAUUAUGAUGAUCGUACUUGGCUUGAUACACGGCGCAAACAUUCAAAGAUGCCCCAUGUUUACUUUGAAGAAAAUUCAAGAGACAGUCCUUACAAACGGACAAAUGAAAUAGUAGAAGAACAGUAUACACCGCAAAGUCUUGCUACUUUAGAAUCAGUAUUUCAGGAGCUGGGGAAGAUGAUGGGGCCAAAUAACCCAAAAAAGGAGAGAUUUGAUGAGGAACAGAAAUUGUAUGCUGAUGAUGAAGAUGAUGCCUAUAAAGGAAAUAACAUCGCUUAUGAAGAUGUGGUUGGAGGAGAGGACUGGAAUCCAGUAGAGGAAAAAGUGGAAAGUCAAACCCAAGAAGAGAUCAGAGACAGUAAAGAGGAAAUUGAGAAAAAUGAAGAGGAAAUGGAUGAUGAUGUGAAGAGAUCAGAUGUCUUUGAUGAAGGUGUGAGAAAAGAGAACAAAGAUCAAGUAUCAGAUGAUGUUUCAAAGUUGAUGGAUUAUUAUUUGAAAAAGAUGAUGAGCAGUGUUGGAAAUGACAACAUAAGGCUCAAGCAAAGUGAAGACAAGAGAGCAGCCAGAUUUUUUGGAAAGCAACUUGAUCCUCAGGCUAUUUAUCAGUUAAUAGAAAUAUCAAGGAAUUUACAAAUCCCACCUGAAGAUUUAAUUGAGAUGCUGAGAGUCGGAGAUAAACAUCAAAGUGAAAAAGAGCAAGAGCUUGAGCUCCCAGAAGACAUUAAUGAGAUACCUGAAAUGAAUUUAGAUAAUUCAGAUUUAUACAAAAAUAAAGUGAACUCUUUAAAAGGUUACAGAAAGCAGCAACUUAAUUUUUUGCCAGAUAACCUGCCUGAAGACCUCAAUGUUGAAGAUAUCAUAAACCUUUUAGGGACCGAAAAUGUGGGUAACCAGAAGCUUGUAAAUCAACUCAAUCAAGAAAAUGGUUUGCCCAGAGUAUCCUACAUGCCUGGAAGAUUUAAAGGACAUCCACUCCCCAAAGCUUCUUGGCUCAACCAUUUGGAAAGGAGACAAAUGGAGCAGGAAAUGCUGAAUGAAAAGGAAGAAGACUUGGCAGACUACUUAGCCAAGGUGCUCGCAAAGUAUCCUGAAGUUGUCAAUACAGGUCAGGUGAAACAAAUUCCACUUUCAGUUUCAUCAGAAGAUGACUUGCAAGAGGAUGACCAAUUUGAGCAGGCCAUCAAAGAACAUCUAAAUCAACUGGGCUCCCGAGAAUCAGACAAAUUCAGCAAAAGGCUAUCAAUGGCUCAGGAAAAGGAUGACACACAAAACAGACCAUAUAUGGAUGAGGAUAUGCUAGCAAAGGUUCUGGAGUAUCUAAACCAGGAAAAGUCUGGAAAGGGAAGAGACCACAUUACCAAAAGAGCGAUGGAAAAUAUGUAGUUGUUCUAAUAUGAUUUUUCUUCAUUGUGUUGACUCCUACCCCGAUUCAGUUGUGAUUUACUUUUCUUUAACAAUUUGGGGGAUGUUCAGACAUUACACUUAACUACUUUAUGCACCCACAGGUGUUCUUCUGGCACCUACAUUUUAAUGGGUGUGUGUGUGUGUGUGUGUGUGUAUGUAUAUAUAUAUAUAUAUAUAUAUAUAUAUAUAUAUAUAUAUAUAUAUAUAUAUAUUCUCAUUUUAAUGAAAUGAAACAGGCACUCAUGGAACUCAACUGUAGCUGCUUCUGUGAUCUCUGUCAUAUAUUUUGGAAUGUCAGAUAUCACAGGUAUUCCCACUCCUGAGAUCCAUGAAUUCCCCAGCCCACACAUUAGAUUGCUCAUGUAAAUAAACAUGCCCUGCAGGAUUCCUGCUGGUACAUACAGUAGGCUAGUUCAGUGUCUCAGCAGGUCCCAGUGAUAGAUGAUUUGACAUUGAACAGUCUGUGUAAACCUCUGAGCUGUUCUGUUGUUUAUGGGUAACUUUAAAUGUUAUCUUGGUCAAGUAACAAAUUGCUUCAAUUUUUUUAAGAAACAGGUUUAUGACAUAAAGUGAAAUCACAUAAAACAAUGACCACGAUAAACCAUGAUAAAGGCAGAGUGACAACUGUAAUAUAUGAGGUUUUUUAAAUUAAUUGAACUAUUUUGUUAUUGUCUGUGGUGGUUUUUUUUGUGUGGAGUACUGAAUAAAAAUGAAGCAUUAUUUAUAUAUAUAUAUAGUUUUAUUUACAAAGCUUUUUCUAUCCUGUGUUUUACUGUUGAUGAAUAAAUAUUAUUUCUGGACAAUA